ACUUGAGGGAGGGGUCUGGAGAGCGAUCGGAACCCCGGAGGCUGGGAGAUCUUAUGGCUCAAACCUGUCGCACCCACGGGGAAACUGGUGUCCAGUGAGGGGGUUGGGCUAGCUUGUGUUGACACCAGAUUUUCUAGAUCUUUUGCUACUUGAUCGGGCUGACGUUGGGGACACCUUGCCAGUGAGGGUAGAACCUGAGUUAAAGAAUCACCGGGGAGCGAUUAGAUCCAAACUUUCUACGAGGGUGGGAGCGAGGAGGCCGGUGGGGCAGGCCUAGGCAGGCACUGGCCUCGCCUUAAGGAUUAAAGUCCUACCAGUUUCCUGUGGGCGUCUUAAGGCUUUCGUCUGUCAUUCAUUCGUAGUUCAUUCAUUAGCGUUCAUUGAAUACAGUUCUAGGCGCCAGUCAUAGGUAGAAAAGUGAUGAAGACGAACACUGUUCCUACAAUACAGGGAUAAGAAAUGGGCUAUACAAGUCCUGGGCGUAGAGGAACAAACAAAAUAGUGAACGCUGGGGAGGACUGGUGGAGAGUGUUCCAAAGAGAAAGUCGCAUGUGCCAAGACCUGGGAGGGGCAGAGAAGCUGGCGUAUCCCAGUCACUGAAGAUACCUCUGAAUUUAGUGCUCGGAGAAGAGAUGAUCAUUAGCCGGGCUAGGAAGUGGUGAGGCAAAGAAACGAAGGAAUUCAAAGUACUGUAUAUAUAUAUUUAGGCAGCAGAAUCCAUAGGAUGGGAAGGCGGAGUGAAAUGUGAGAAAGAAGUACUGCAUACCUCAGCGGGGUUCAUCACAAGAGAAGCCGGAUUUGUGGGGACAUGACAAGUUCUACUCUGGUUUGGUGGAGACUCCCAGGAAGCAAUAGGAUAUUCUGGUUUGAAGACUUGUUGAACUAAAAUGUCUGGAGUGGGACCAAGGAAUCUGUGUUCUUUCCCAUGCUCCCCAGAAUGUUCAGCCAGGUUUGGAAAUCACUGACCGACCGCCAGUCCCCUGCUUCACAGGUGUUGGGAUGGCAACCAGCUGGGAGAGCCUCUUGCUGGAUGAGCAGCAGCUGGAGGAGCUGGCACGACAGGCUGUGGACCGGGCCCUGGCUGAAGGAGUGUUACUGAGGACCUCACAGGAGCCCAGCUCCUCGGAUGUGGUGAGCUACGCUCCAUUCACGCUCUUCCCCUCAGUGGUCCCUGGGGCCCUGAUGGAGCAAGCCUAUGCUGUGCAGAUGGACUUCAACCUGCUAGUGGAUGCCGUCAGCCAGAAUGCUGCCUUCCUUCAGCAAACGCUCUCCAGCACCAUCAAAAGGGAUGACUUUACCGCACGUCUCUUUGAUAUCCACAAGCAAGUCCUGGAAGAGGGCAUUGCCCAGACUGUGUUCCUGGGCCUGAACCGCUCAGACUACAUGUUCCAGCGCAGCGCAAAUGGCUAUCCAGCCCUGAAACAGAUUGAAAUCAACACCAUCUCUGCCAGCUUCGGGGGCCUAGCCUCCCGGACCCCAGCUGUGCAUCGACAUGUUCUCAAUGUCCUGAACAAGACCAAAGAAGCUGCCAAGAUCCUCUCCAAUAAUCCCAGCAAAGGACUAGCCAUGGGAAUUGCCAAAGCCUGGGAGCUCUACGGCUCAGCCAAUGCUCUAGUGCUACUGAUUGCCCAAGAGAAGGAAAGGAAUAUAUUUGACCAGCGUGCCAUAGAGAAUGAGCUACUGGCCAGGAACAUCCACAUGAUCCGGCGAAGAUUUGAAGAUGUCUCUGCAAAGGGGUCCUUGGACCAAGACCGAAGGCUGUUUCUGGAUGGCCAGGAAGUUGCUGUGGUUUACUUCCGGGAUGGCUACAUGCCGAGUCAGUACAGUGUGCAGAACUGGGAAGCACGCCUGCUGCUGGAGAGGUCACGUGCUGUCAAGUGCCCAGACAUUGCUACUCAGCUGGCUGGGACUAAGAAGGUACAGCAGGAGCUGAGCAGGGUGGGCAUGCUGGAGAUGUUGCUCCCUGACCAGCCUGAGGCCGUGGCCCGCCUCCGUGCCACCUUUGCUGGCCUCUACUCACUGGACAUGGGUGAAGAAGGGGACCAAGCCAUCACUGAGGCCCUUGCUGCCCCUAGCCGGUUUGUGCUAAAGCCCCAGAGAGAGGGUGGAGGUAACAACUUGUAUGGGGAGAAAAUGGUGCAGGCCUUGGAGCAGCUGAAGGACAGUGAGGAGAGAGCCUCCUACAUCCUCAUGGAGAAGAUUGAACCUGAGCCUUUUUGGAAUUGCUUGCUACGGCCUGGCAGCCCUGCCCAAGUGGUCCAAUGCAUCUCAGAGCUGGGCAUCUUUGGAGUCUAUGUCAGGCAGGGAAAGACACUAGUGAUGAAUAAGCACGUGGGGCAUCUACUUCGAACCAAAGCCAUCGAGCAUGCAGAUGGUGGUGUGGCAGCAGGAGUGGCAGUCCUGGACAACCCAUACCCUGUGUGAGGAGGGUACAACCAGGCCAGCUCGGACUUUGCUCAGAGGCCUCCUAUUCCCUGUACUUGUCAUUCCUCUCCUAUGCCUCUUGAGGGGCUAUCCUCAUAGAAGGGUAAAUGAUGAUACCUUCUCUCAUCUCUCUAUGUGAGUACCAGAAAAGCUCUAUUUUCCUUAGAUGAGAUCUCGAGGCCCCCAAAUCUUUGGGAUGUGGGUACAGCUGAAGGGAAGCUGCUCUGAUGUAAAGGGCCAUAAACCCUGCCCCAGCCUCUCAUCAGCCUUUUCAGUGAGUUCCAGUGCCUGACUUGGGGGAGAACCGAGUGGUAGGAGAGGAAGUGGAGGGGCAUAGCUUUUCUCCGUCUCUGCCUUAAAUAAAACUGCAUUGCUGAUU